AUGAAGAAAGGAAAAGUGAAUCCCGAACUUCCAGACAUUGAGGUCAAAUCCGUGAUGUCCGAUAGAUCUGCAUUCUCCGCGGGUAGUGCACAAGAACUGGUGCAGAAGAAUAUUCAGAAGACGGGAAGCUGUCGGCGUAUCCUGGAGCAUUGGAGAAUGAUCCUCGUCAUCAUUGUUCCUAUCGUUGCCAUGAUAGUCUUUUCAUCCGUCAACCUUAGCGAGGCAAUACAGCUGAAGAUGGCCACUGAUUCCGCCAUUACGCAGAUCAACUCCGCUCAACUGGUUGCCAGUCUCAUUCAGAUGCUUCAGCGAGAGAGGGGACGAUCCACCAUUUAUCUCAGCAUUAAUAGAAACAUGUCAGAAGCGCGGAAUUUACUCCGGAUAGCGCGACAGAACACGAACAAUAGUUUUAAAAAUCUGCCCUUAGGGAGUAAAGUAUUCUCUGUGAAUAAUGUAGAAUGCAUAAAAAGUGACAUACUUUCAAAUAUAAAUGAAAUGAGAGACAAAGUAUGGGAAUUUACUGUUACGGUGUCCGAGGUGUUAGAUUUUUAUACGUGUGUAAAUAACGUCUUGAUGGAUGAGAUCUUAUCCGAUAUAGAAGUCCCUGAAGGAAAGCAUCUCUACUCCAAACUAGUUGUGCUUAUGGCCCUUCUCCGCCACAUGGACCUCGUUGGUAUUCAGAGGGCUAAAAUAGGCUAUCUCUUAACAACGUGUGGAUUUACCGACAGUGAAUUCCUAGCAUAUAGAUACAUUGAAGGAAAAGCAAAGUCAUAUCUAGAUAUGGUAUUUGCCUAUGAUUCAAGUAAAAAGAACUCAUAUAAAGAGAACGGCUUAAACCCGGAUGAAUAUCUCCAGGACGUUAGACAAAGAGUCUGGUCAAACAGUUAUUUUUCAGUAUGCAUGAACCAAACUGAAGAUGAAAGAUUUGCGAUGAGCAGUGAAUGGUUUCAAAACAUCACCCAAAUUAUUGACUUAGAUUUUCUUGUUCACCAUGAUUCUUCUAAGGUGUUGAAGGAGAAUCUCUCAGACAUCCGAAGUGAGACUGAGUUUCGAUUCGCAUUGUAUAUUUCCCUACAGGUGUUUGUGUCGUUAUCGAGUUUCACAUUGCUAGCGUGGUAUAUAACAUGCAUAAACAAAAUGACGUUACGAUUGGCUAAGUAUGCCAGUAAUAUCAAGUCCAAAACAAAGGAACUGGCCGUGGAAAAGCGCCUCACCGAUAAACUUCUAUAUCGUAUGUUACCUAUGAAAAUUGCAAUGCAGCUGAAAUCGAGUGGAUGCGCUCCUGCUGAGGAAUUUUCCCAAGCUUCUGUCUAUUUCAGUGACAUUGUUGAUUUCACCGCCAUGUGUUGCAGAUGCUCCCCUAUGCAAGUUAUUGACCUGCUGAACGAAAUAUAUUCUCUGUUUGAUGACUGUAUUGACAAGUAUGACGUCUACAAGGUUGAGACAAUCGGAGAUGCCUACAUGGUCACCAGUGGAAUCCCUGUUCCAAAUGGCAACUCUCAUGCGUUGCAUAUCUGUAAUAUGUCACUGGAUAUUCGAGACAACAUGGCGCACUUCCGGUCUCCUAUACACGCUGAAGAUGUGAUUAGGAUACGCAUUGGUAUACAUUCAGGUCCCUGUGUGACUGGAGUAGUAGGGAGGAAGAUGCCUCGAUACUGUCUGUUUGGUGAUACCGUCAAUACGGCUUCCAGAAUGGAGUCAACAGGCGAAGGUGGAAGAAUACAAAUCAGUUCCACAACUUGUGAAAUCAUCAGUCAGUAUAAUACAUUCCAAUGCACACCGAGGGGAAAGAUGGAAAUCAAGGGUAAAGGAGAAAUGAUGACUUACUGGUUGGAUACGUCGAAUCAGAAACCAAUAGUUACACUUGUUUGUUAAAAACAUCCGUCACUUGUGUAAAACAUGUGAUACACGAGACAAACCCCUAAAUCUUGUACUAAGUCAUCGCCCUAUAAACCCAUUAUCUUACAGUGACCCUCGUCUUCAUCGAAUGGGUUGAACAAUAGCUGCGCCACUGACACGCCUUGGAUUUCACUUGUUGGAGAAGAGUUUGGAUGAAAUUUGAUCACACUUUUAUUUAAUGUACAUUUUAUCAGAAUCCGCUUUCAAUUUUAUAUUUUGAAAUGAAAAUUUACCCAAGAUCAAAAAA